CGAGCUGGAUGAGUCAAACUUGCGUCAGACUUCGUCGUGACUUACCAUAGUAAUUUCUAUGUCCUACGGGGGGCUGAUUUAUCCCACAACAGAGACACAACCACGUGGGAACCGGAGGUGCGGUCGGGUGCUUUUUUUUUUUUAAAACACAUUUAUUUCAGCUGAGCUGCAAAAACCUCGUUGAAGCGCCGAAGCGAGACAAACGAUCGCCAUAAAUCAGCACCUGCACAGGUUAACGUGACUGUAGCGGCUAAACUUGUGGCAGGCGUGGAGCUCCUGCGUCAGACUUUACGCACUAUGCGCCCUGGAAGCUCCGUGAUUUCUCAUCUCUUUGCGCGCAGAGAUGUUGCAUACGGAGCCAGUGCCUGAAUGAAGACAGCGUUUACUCACGUUGGAUUAACACUUUUACGCUGUUAAAACCCGCUGUGUCAUCUGAUUAAGAUUUAAGAAAAGCCACCUUGCUGUUUUCCACCAAUCAGGCUCUCCUCCCUUUCCUUUGAUCACCUUCUCCUCUGAAGGAGCUCCCAUCUCGCCGCCAUGCCAAAGAACACCAAGGUGACCCAGCGGGAGCACAGCAAUGAGCCGGUCACUGAGUCUGUGGCCGACCUGCUGUCCCUGGAGCACCCCAUGGACUAUAAGAGCAGCCAGAUGAGUAUGGGUCUGAGUCCAGGCUCCACGGCUCCAGGAAAGGCCCUGCUGCCUUCCCCCGACCCGGAUGCCGAGGACGGCCGGCCGGCGUGGAACAACAAGCUGGAGUACAUCCUGGCCCAGGUGGGCUUCUCCGUUGGUCUGGGAAACGUCUGGAGGUUUCCUUACCUGUGCCAGAAAAAUGGAGGAGGUGCCUACCUGGUGCCUUACUUCAUCCUCCUCCUCCUCAUCGGCAUCCCCCUGUUCUUCCUGGAGCUGGCGGUGGGUCAGAGGAUCAGACGUGGAAGCAUCGGGGUGUGGAACUACGUCUACCCUCGGCUGGGGGGCAUCGGGGUUUCCAGCCUCAUGGUUUGCGGUUUCGUGGGCCUCUACUAUAAUGUGAUUAUCGGCUGGAGCAUCUUCUAUUUCUUCCAGUCUUUUCAGUAUCCACUGCCUUGGGCUGAGUGCCCCAUCGAGAGGAAUGGAACCCAAGCCAUCGUGGUGCCAGAGUGUGAGAAGAGUUCAGCCACCACUUAUUUCUGGUACCGUCAGACUCUGAACAUCACCAGCACCAUCGACGACACCGGCGGUCUCAACUGGAAGAUGACUCUGUCCCUGCUGGUUGCUUGGAUCUUGGUCUGCCUGGCCGUCAUCAAGGGCAUCCAGUCCUCUGGGAAGGUGAUGUACUUCAGCUCCCUGUUCCCGUAUGUGGUGCUUCUCUGCUUCCUGGUCCGAGGUUUGCUGCUGAAGGGAGCCGUGGACGGCAUCGCUCACAUGUUCACCCCCAAGCUGGAGAAGAUGUUGGAGCCGCAGGUGUGGAGAGAAGCGGCCACACAGGUUUUCUUUGCUCUGGGUCUCGGCUUUGGAGGCGUCAUCGCUUUCUCCAGCUACAACAAGAGAGACAACAACUGCCACUUCGAUGCAGCGCUGGUCUCCAUCAUCAACUUUGUGACGUCCAUCUUGGCCACUUUAGUGGUGUUUGCCGUCCUAGGGUUCAAAGCGAAUGUCAUGAACGAGAAGUGUGUCGUCGAGAAUGCAGAGAAGAUCCUGGGUUACCUGAACACAGGUGUGCUGAGCAGAGAGCUCAUCCCUCCUCACAUCAACUUCUCCCACCUGUCGGCCCAGGACUAUGCAGAAAUGUACGGAGUCAUUAAAACGGUGAAGGAGGACAACUUUGGCCAGCUGGGCCUCGAUGCUUGUGUCCUGGAGGACGAACUCAACAAGGCGGUUCAGGGCACCGGCCUGGCCUUCAUCGCCUUCACUGAGGCCAUGACCCAUUUCCCUGCCAGUCCCUUCUGGUCCGUCAUGUUCUUCUUCAUGCUGAUCAACCUGGGCCUCGGUAGCAUGAUCGGCACCAUGACCGGCAUCACCACCCCCAUACUGGACGCGUUCAAGAUCCGUAAAGAGAUCCUGUGUGUGGUUUGCUGCAUCAUCGCCUUCCUGUUAGGCCUACUGUUUGUGCAGCGUUCAGGGAACUACUUUGUCACCAUGUUUGAUGACUACUCUGCUGGUUUGCCUCUCACUGUGGUGGUGAUCCUGGAGAACGUCUCUGUAGCCUGGAUCUACGGCACAAAGAGGUUCAUGCAGGACCUGGAGGACAUGCUUGGUUUCAGGCCGUAUUCCUUCUAUUACUACAUGUGGAGAUACGUGUCCCCUGCUGUCUUGGUGGUGCUGAUUGUGGCUACCGUGAUCGAGAUGGCCGUCAGUCCUGCAGGAUACAACGCCUGGGUGGAGUCUGAGGGCUCAGAGCGUUUCCACAGCUACCCUCCCUGGGCUUUAGCUAUGGCCUACGCCCUCAUCGUGGUCGCCAUGGUGCCUCUGCCCCUCGUCUUCAUCGUCCGCCACUUCAACCUGAUCUCCGACGGCUCCAACAAGCUGUCCGUCUCCUACCGCAAGGGCAUGAUGAAGGACAUGUCCAACCUGGAGGAGCAGGACGAGCAGCGCUUCAUCCUCAGCAAGAACCCCAGCGAGGCUCCCUCCCCCAUGCCGGCCCACCGCGCCUACCUGGGCCCCGGCGGCACCCAGGAGAUGACCAACACCAACUACGGCACCAGCACCAAGACGGGCUACCAGAACAUCGGCUCGCCCGAGUCCGAGCUAUGAUCCACUGAGCUCAUCGAUCUUCCCGUCCGUUAAGCCCUGCUUGAAGAGAGGGAGAGGGAGGAAGUCAAGAGGGAGAGAGAGAAUUCACUUGCAGCAUUCAUCACACCUUAACCCCCAGAGCUAAAUCCCUCAAUUCCCCUCUUUCCUGCUCCAUCGCUCCUCACCUGUGGUUGUUCCCUUCUCGCCUGUCGCUGGAGCCGUGCUGCUAAUGGCAUGUCAGUCCCAGCUGGGAUGAAGGGAUCAUGGGAAUGUGAGUCCCAACUAACAUGACGGCCUGUUUUUUUCCAUCUGUGGAGGCAUUAGAGGGAGGGACGGACAGGAACAAAGAAGCGAAUGAAGUGUAGAGAAGUCUUCUGUGGGCUUAGAUACGGGUUUUGUUUGGUAAUGAGCUCUGGUUGAGUUUGAUGUGGGUGCAAUGCUGAAACGCUUUACAUUGUACUAAUUUGUGCUUCUUCCGAUUCAUUUGGAGAGGAUUGUUAUUGGUGGUUGACGGGAUGGAAGGAGACUCACUCGUUGUCCUGAUCUACAUCACGGUAUGAGAACAUUUCUCAUCUAGAAAACAAAACAAUUACAAACACAACCAUAAAAGUGUCAUAAGUGGUAGUAUAAACAGUGUUACAAGCACAUUCUAAUGAGCUUAUUGUGCCUAUCAUGCAUCAGCAAUAAUAACCAGUCACAGUAGGAUCCUCAUGAAGCUGUGGAUCUCCUUCUAUCUCUAUGCUCCCACUGAUGUAGAAUACUGUACAUAUGUGUUGUGCUAUAGAUGUCACCGUAAAAUCGCGCAUAUACACUGCAAUACUGCGAAACAACAGGAGGCAGCUUCUUGCCUCUUUCAUUCCACAGAAGCACAGACGUCUGCUAUCGUUGAGAGCAUCUCUGAGCCUUAACACAGAGCAGCACUUUUUCUUUUAAACAGCCCUUCAGUUGUUGCCAGCAGCACUGCACACAUCCCUGUUCCAGUCGCGGCUGGCUCAGACAAAGCUUUUCCAUUUUAAUCAAUCAUUUUAAUCAACCGUUUCCAUUUUAAUGAAUGCCUUAGAAGGGCAGCGGGAGCAAGCAGAGCGGCUCGUGCUUGCAAGUUUUCCGCGCGCAGAUGUGCAAAUGUGUCAAUGUGUUGUCCGAAACCAGAGCUCCCGGUGACCCUGCCGGUUUAAAAAUAGAGCCGCGUUACCCAGGGGAAGCCGUGGCAACGCAGCAUAGAUACAAAUCCCUUCUGAUGUGAAGGAGGGAGAGGAGAGAAGACACCUCGCUUUGUCUGCUCCACCUGCUCAGCUGUUUGUUCAGCCAGACGGAGACAUUUCAGGCCCGACGUGGAUGUCUCUCUCUGACUGAAUGAGAGGUUCACUGCCGUACCGUGCAGGAUUAAUCAUGCCUCAUCCCUGAGAGGAUGACAUUUAGGUUUUACUGUUGUACAUUCCUCAAAUUGUGACCACUAUGUAGAAUUCCAUGAGCACUACAAGCUACACUUGGAUGUCUUUUUCGUGAACCGAGGUGUGAAACAGAAGCCUUUUUCUUUUUCUUUUUCUUAAAAUGUAUAAUCUCGUAUGACAGUGUGUGUUUAGGGGUAUCAUGUGGAAACGUACCGUGAUAUAAUUGUGUGGAAUAAGUGGUAAUAUUUGGUUUUCACCACUGGGGGUCUCUGCUGGCCAGCGGAGGAGCCGGUGAUUCAGGCCCCUCCCUGAGAGGAGACCAGUACUUCAGACUGAACAGAUGUGAUGUGAAGCAGUCAGUCACAUUGUUUCGUGCCUGAACAGCAUCUGUGUUGUUGGUUUGCCUUAUGCUUUUGUCAUAUUUUUAUGUUGUUGUCGUCGUUGUUGAUUAUUUAGUGAGUUUAUUACGUAGAGUUUGGACCAAUGUUUCAUCUCGUCCACUUGAGCACUUUAAUUAGGUAGAGACCCUGGAGUAGGUUGUUAAGAAUAAGCUUGAAAAAUUAUAUAUAUUUAUGUAUACAACAAGGGGGCAGCUAGGCAUCUAUAUGAUAGAAAAUAUGAAUGACCAUGAAAGUUACAAGACUCAAAUGAAUCACAAGCCAAGAAUUUCAAGGUUCUUAUUUUAUGUUCUUCCAGAAGAUAUAUGAUCACAUUAACGAUAACAAAGUUAGCGUUUUAAAAGGUCAUCUACUGGCAUGUUAUGAAGUUAAAUUCUGCCCCAAUGCAGCACUGAAUCUAAAUGUACCACUUCCUCUGGUAGGUUUUACUAAUUCAUGUCCUGUUUUUCCGUAAUGUAAGUGCAGAGCCUUCCCUAUGUUGUGGUCGUUCUGUAUGGUGUGGUCAUAUAGCCUCUAAGACACUGAAGCUCAUUUCAGGCUACAAUAAGUCGUCACAUCACUACAGUGACUGUGCUAAAUUGCUUAGUAAAUAUAUUCCAGCGCUCGAUUUAAGGCCGAGAGGUCCGGUCGCCCAAAUGACAUUUUUGGGCCACCAACAUACGUCAAUUUAGACAUUUUAGGAGGCAAAAUCAACUUUUAGUGCCAAAAAAUUAAUCCCAGUUUUUUGUUUUUUGUUUUUUUGGGGGGGGGAAUCCAGUUCCUCCUCCACGUCAACUUGUUAGCUGGAGCCGCCGAGCUAAUCACUGAUCGCUGGGCAAAGUGUGCCUUAAAACCCCCCCACGGCC